AUGUCUGCUCCUAAAUUGUUGUUUCUACAUGGCUUUUUGCAGAACGGUAAAGUGUUUUCGGAGAAAUCCUCUGGUAUUAGAAAACUUUUGAAGAAAGCAAAUGUGCAGUGUGACUAUAUUGACGGUCCAACCACUUUGGAACAGAAGGACCUGCCCUUCGAGAUCGAUGACGAGAAAUGGCAAGCCACAGUAGAUGCGCAACUGAACAAGUCUUGGUUCUACCAUUCCGAAAUCUCCAAAGAUCUGGAUUUGUCGCAGGCUAUUAAGACCGUGUCAGACCAUAUUAAGGCCGAAGGUCCAUACGAUGGAAUUGUAGGCUUCUCCCAGGGUGCUGCUGUAGCCGCCAUUGUCACCAACAAAAUCACACAACUGGUUCCAGACCACCCUCCUUUCAAAGUCAGUCUCAUAUUCUCUGGCUACUCCUUCACAGAACCGGACCCUCAAAACACAGACCAGCUUCGUAUCGCGGAGAAAUUUCAAGACAGCUUCACCCCGCUCGCUGACAGUCCCACUAAAAUGUUAUUUGUGUGGGGCGCCAGCGAUGUGGCCGUUCCAGCGACGAGAUCCAAGUACCUAUACAACAUUUACACUAAUGGAGCGGAGUCUACAGACCUUGCAAAAUGUUUCGAACACCCAGGCGGCCACAUGGUUCCUAACAAAAAGGAUAUUAUCAGACCUAUUGUUGAAGAAAUUUCAUCUGCUGUGGGAACCCAAAACUAA